AGCAAUCAUAGUCAAAUAGAAGGUACAGCAGACUAGAAUCAUCCUCUUGGACGGACUCGGCGCACUUCACGAUUAAUAGAACAAGAGAGUGAAUGCAUCUCGCAGGAUGAAUUCGUGCGCGCUCUACUUUUCCCAACUGCGGGCGAUGCUCGUAAGAAAUCUCCUGCUGAAAAAACGCGACACGCGGAAGACGUUUAUGGAGGUCGUUCUACCCCUUUAUAUCCUCGGAACCUUGAUCGUGGUGAAGGUCAUGAUACCCAACCCAAACUUUCCUGCGAUGCUGACGCAGAGGCAUGAAGGGGAUAUAUUUGAAUUAUUCAAUGGCUACAAAAAUAAUACAAUCGCUGUGGUGCCCAAUUCUACGGAAACCCUUAGCUUCUUAAGCUCCAUGAAUAGCCUCUGGCUCUCUAUGUGGGAUUAUCCCGGUAAGCUUCCCUUAAACUUCAUGGUGUUCGACACGAAAGAUGAUCUGCAAGCAGCGUAUUGGAGAGAUCCUUACAGUAUACCCCUAGCAGUUAUCUUCGAAGAUCCCCAGCCAAUAUCGCAGCGUCUUAUAUAUGAAAUUAGAACGAAUCCUUCAUACGUCUUGCCGCCAUCGCCAACCGAAUUGUAUUCUGCUCCGAUCAGUUGUCGAAAGAAUAAAACUGGUCAUUGGAUGGACGAUCUUUUAUCGAUAAAAACCGGGGAAUCUUGUCCCGCCAACAAUUACCUGCAUUCCGGCUUUUUGGCCUUGCAGGUGAUGAUGGAUAUCACGAAGAUAAGAUUUAUAAAUCCGGGAAAUCCUGAUGUAACAGUACCGGAUAUUAAACUCAUAAUGUUCCCUAAAGAAGCGUAUACCGCUGAUUGGAUGUUGGCCUUCAGAGUUGUUAUUCCGCUUUACAUGGUUUUUGCGCUCUCGCAAUUCAUUACCUAUCUUCUCAUCUUAAUAGUUGGCGAAAAGGAAAAUAAGAUUAAAGAGGGAAUGAAGAUGAUGGGUUUGAACGAUUCCGUGUUUUGGUUGUCCUGGUUCAUCAUUUACAGUAUCUUCGUCUUUUUGCUCUCUGCCGUCGGAGUGGUAUUGCUCUUCACCCUACAAAUGUUUCAACACACGCAUUUCCUGCCGAUAUUUCUUUUGGUGGUUCUAUACAGUUUUUCCGUGAUUAUGUUCGCCUUUAUGAUUACGCCAUUCUUCGAUAAAUCGCGCACGGCUGGUGUCUUAGGAAACUUCGCUGUUACAACACUGAGCUUGAUGUACUUUAUCCAAGUGUUUGUGAGUGAUUCCAGUUCAGUCACAUACUGGUUGGUUUCUCUAAUCAGUCCAACUGCAUUCGCUUUGGCGAUGGAUAAGUCUCUGGUAUUGGAUCUGCAAGGUGAAGGAGUAAAUUUCGACAAUCUCUGGUCCGGCCCAGGAAUACCUUUCGGUGGCAGUCUCAUCAUGAUGACUUUGGAUAUCUUUUUGUACGGCUAUCUGGCCUAUUAUCUCGACUCCGUAAUUCCAAGUGAGCAUGGAACAAAGAGGCCACCUUGGUUUUGCUUUUUACCUGGAUUUUGGUGUCAAAAAAAGGUUCAAAGGGUGCCAUCGUCAAACGGUGAAUCAAAUUCAUUUAUUCCGGGCGAGGAGGCGAAUCGCGACGUGGAACCGGUGGUGCGCGAGAUGAAGGGCCGCGAAGCGAUCAGGAUAGCUGAUCUCUACAAAUCAUUCCACAAGUGCAGACAACCGGAGAUUAAGGCGGUGAAUGGCAUCAAUCUGACUAUUUACGAAGGUCAAAUCACUGCCAUCCUCGGUCAUAACGGCGCCGGCAAGACCACACUCUUCAACAUCCUUACAGGCUUGACCGCACCUACAUCUGGCACCGCUCUAAUAUUCGGUUAUGAUGUGCGUGAUUCUAACGACAUGCGAGCAAUACGCAGCAUGACCGGAGUCUGUCCACAACAUGAUAUUCUUUUCGAUCUACUGACGCCGCGCGAGCACCUGGAGUUCUUCGCCGCGGUUCGUGGCAUUCCACGCUCGAUGAUACGACAUGAGGUGAAGAAAACCCUGAAAGACAUUGAUCUGGUCGAGAAAGCGGACACUUUCGCACGAUAUCUAAGUGGUGGACAGAAGAGAAAACUAUCUGUGGGAAUCGCGAUCAUCGGCGAUCCCAAAAUUAUUAUCCUUGACGAGCCUACCGCGGGGGUAGAUCCUUAUUCGAGAAGACAGUUGUGGUCCCUUCUCCAGUCGAGACGACACGGAAAAGUGAUUCUAUUGACAACUCACUUUAUGGACGAGGCGGAUAUUCUCGCCGACAGGAAGGCAGUAAUCAGCAAGGGAAGGCUCAGAUGUUGUGGCAGUUCUCUGUUUUUAAAGAACAAAUUCGGCAUUGGAUACCAUUUAACAUUAGUCCUGGAGGGUAAUGCCAGAGAACAUGCUAUCAGCCGGUUAGUAACAUCACAUGUGAGUAAAGCGGAGAAGGCAAGACGUCACGGUCGGGAACUGAGCUUUAUUCUACCUCACAACUCUGUGGAAAAUUUUGCACCCCUUUUCUCCGCCAUCGAGCAUGAGAUCAAGACUCGUUCGAGUAGGCUUGGCAUCAGCAGUUAUGGUGUGUCGAUGACUACUCUGGAAGAGGUAUUUUUGCAUCUGGAAAAGGACGAAGAGACUGAGUGCACAAUGGACAAUCUGUCGAAGAAGAUGGUGCGUAAUCGCGCGCUCAGCCGAUCACUUUCAUUGCAGUCCAAGAGCACGUCAUACCAGAGCUUACAGAACGAGGGAGUAAUCGUACAGGGCGACGGUCAAGGGAAGGCCAACGAUUUGCCGGACGGCAUCCAUAAUGAUCGAAAUCCACCUGUACUUGGCCUCGGCCUAGAUGCCAUCAAGAUUCGGCCUAACUUCUUUCAAAUACUCUAUGCCAUGUUACGUAUAAGAGUACUCAGACUCUUCAGGAACCUCCAACUGCUAUACUUCACAAUCGUUACGCCAUUAGCUCUGGUAGCGCUUGGUCUCUAUUUGAACAGCAUCCGAACGGUCGAUGUCAAGAUGGAGUCGCUAAAACUCGAUAGCCAUACAUACAACGAAACCAAGAUCCUCUACUUAAAUAAUACUGACCACGACAUUACCAAGUUGAUAGACAGUAUAACUCAAGAUACGAAGCUCAUUGAAGAAUAUGAUGGUAAUUUCGCGAAUUUAAUGAAUAUCGCGCCACAUAUAGCCGCCUUCAACAUUAAUGAUUAUAAUCUACCGCGACUCAACCUGACCGUCACAUACAACGAUACGAUGCAACAUUCUCUUCCGAUAUUGAUAAACAUUCUUUCGAACGCUUAUUAUAGAUUGAUCUCGGGUAAGAACGAAGCUACGCCGAUCGAAGUUCAUACACAUCCUUUCCAGCAAACGUCGCAACCCCAACAGUUCAAUAUUGGCGCAGCCAGCUGUGCUAUUUUUCUCGGCAUGGUUUUCAUAAUAUUGCCGAUUACUUUAGCAGUGGAUAUGGUUAACGAUCGCGAAAUCAAAGCGAAGAAUCAGCUUCGCGUGAAUGGCCUGUCGUUCUCCACGUACUUUUUUAGCUACUUCAUUGUGCUAGUCGGCCUGAUGAUUUUCAUCUGCCUGUGCAUCCUCGGCAUUAUAUUCCUCUUCGAUGUGCCUUCACUACGGGAAAUACCGGCCAUCAUCACUCUUGGCAUUCUUAUCAUGCUCUACUGCCCAUCGUCUAUCGUCUUCUCUACAUGUCUCAGUUACAUCUUCGAUAAAGUGGAUUCCGCGCAAAGUAUGUUGCCGAACAUCGCGACCUUCUUCGGAUUGCUACCAUUCAUCCUUGUUAUGAUUCUUGAUAUGCAAGGACUCGGUGGAACAGCUUCGUUCGCGUUGCACGUGGCCUUUUCCUUAUUGAACAGCAUGUACGUGCCGUAUGCGGCGGUGUACUACGUGGACCGCGUUCAUUUGAUGUGCUCCAUCAAUGCUGCCUGUCACUAUCUCGCCAUGUCUGAUUACCUUACUAUGGAGAUUAUAUUGCUGGCUUUUGGUGCGCUGCUACAAUGUCCGGUUUGGUUUAUAGUACUACUCAUACUGGACAUCAACAAAAGCGGCGGCAAUGUCAGCGAUGUGUUUAAACACUACUUUCUGCGUGAUGGCAAUUCCAUUCGUGAGGAAAUUAUGGAAAAUUCGGAUAUUGGCGAACACGAAGAUACGGAUGUGAAGAAUGAGCGACAAAAGGUUUUUAAUUUUGUUGUUUCACCGGCCCUCGGUCAAGAACCGCCUCUAGUAUUGCUCCAAAAUCUGCGAAAGGAAUAUCGACAAAAAGAGUCAGGAUCAUCCUGCUGUCCAAAGCGUGAGGAUGAGCGGAAGAUUGCUGUGCGAAAUCUCUCGUUAGCAGUAGAACCAGGCGAGGUUCUGGGACUAUUAGGUCAUAACGGUGCCGGCAAGACCACGGCAAUGAAGAUCAUCAUCGCCGAGGAGGCACCGACGAAGGGCAGGGUGCAGAUUAGCGGUCAUAACAUUAACACCCACAUGACAGAAGCUUUUCGGCAGAUGGGUUAUUGUCCCCAGCACGACGCUCAAUGGAAGAAUAUUACUGUAAGAGAGCAUCUGGAAUGCUAUGCCGCGAUUCGCGGUGUUCCAUGGAGCGAAGUCGACAGAAUCGUGGAUCAGUAUUUAACCGGUCUGCAGAUUCACGAACAUGCUGACAAACAGAGCCAAGAAUGUUCUGGUGGAACUAAAAGAAAACUUAGCUUUGCGAUGGCAAUGGUUAGUGGACCCAAGGUGAUUCUUAUGGAUGAACCAAGCACGGGUAUGGAUCCCAGAUCAAAGAGAUUCCUAUGGGAUACGAUUCUCGCUAGUUUCCAGGGAGGCAGGGGAGUUAUACUGACUACCCAUUCCAUGGAAGAAGCAGACGCACUGUGUUCAAGAGUCGGCAUAAUGGUGAAGGGUGAGCUAAGAUGCAUCGGCUCGACUCAGCAUCUAAAAAAUCUCUAUGGCGCUGGCUAUACUCUAGAGAUGAAGCUACUAGGCGGCGAUUGUACACCGACGACACCCUCCGGCGACAGGAUUGCCAGCUUGAAGGAAUUUGUCGCUGGCCUCUUCUCCGACGCCACUCUGGAGGAGAGCUUCGCUGACCGGCUAGUUUUUGCCGUGCCUCAACAUGCCGUGACCUCGCUGGCUGAGUGCUUUACACAAUUAGAAAAAGCCAAGCUCGAAUUGGACAUUGAAGAAUACAGCUUUAGUCAAACUACCCUGGAACAGGUGUUCCUCAAGUUCUCGCACUAGAACACUUCCUUGGAAUGACGAUGUGAUACCGUUACGUGAUAUAAGUGAUAAAUUCGCGAUCAGUGCGCGUGAAAGAACUAUUCUACAUGUGAAGAAAAAGAAUGUGCUAGAACAUGACAAAUAUUGACAGUUGCUUGGUUUCCGGAAUUUCUAUGUUCUCACUAACAAAUUAUGUGAUUGCGCCAAUGACAAUGUGAUGUGUCAUCUUUUUAUUACAAGGCUUCGCAGAUAAUGGAAUGGCGAGCAUAAUGAUUAUCUAACGAUUCCAGUAUUGCAAAGGAAUAUCGAAGAAACAUCGGUUUGUGCCUUCAAAUUUUUGGAGGAACAUGAAAAAAUAAACAGACAAAAUGAUGAGACAAGAAGAGAAUAAUUUUGAAUAAUUUUAAUUUUAUUUCAAAGUGUUGCAAGGUGAUAAGUCUAUUUGGAAGCUUAUAGAGAAAUGAGAAAUGAAGAUGGAAUAUAACGGAAAACAAGAAAUAAUUAUCUAAGAAUCAUAGUGUUUAAGAUGAAGAAAUGAAAAAUUAUUUAUUUGUUCCAAAAUACUGAAGAAAUAAUGAAGAAAUUAUAGAAGAAGAAUAUCAUACAAUGAAGAAAGAAAAACAGGAAUGGUAGGUUGUAUUAACAAAAAAGAGAGAUAAGUUAAAAAAAUUCUAGACUGUCAAAGCAAGAAUGAAGAAACGUAAAAAGAUGGAGAGAUAGCUAAUCGAUUAUGAAGAAACGUAAAAAGAUGAAGGGAUAGAUAAUCGAUUAUCUCAUCAUUAUACAUUUGAUAGCAGUAUUAAGAUGACAGAAAACUGUAGGGAUGAUAAAAUGGUGAACAGAUAGAUAACUGUAUUAAAGCCUACAUUUGAAGGAGUGUUAAAGAAAUUAGUCGCUUUGUAGCUCCAAACUGGCAGAAUGAUGAAGUAACAAGGGAGCUAUGAGGGAACAUAUACAUACACAAGUUAGCCACUAGUUCUAGUAUACAAUUUUGAAAGAGUAUUAAGUGACAAAUUGUAUUGCAGCUUUAUCGAAGAAGAAAUGUUGAAGAAAUAAUAUAGUAAAAUGGAACUUUAAGGAAAUAUUAAUGAAAGUUCUUUAGUUCCGAGAUUAAAGAAACUAUAUGAAAAAAAGAUGAAGAAUUUAAUAAUAGGCAAAAAUUGUCUCGUUACUGCAAAAUUAACGACGAGAGACGAUGGGGGAAUAGUUAGGUCUAGCGUGGAAAUGCUUCGAGGAGUAUCGGAACAAACCAGUUCAAGUUGAAGAAAUGACUGAAAGAUGAUGGAACAUGAAGUUAACUCUUCAGAUGGUGCUUCGAGAAGUGUUGAAACGAAGAAAAAGUGUUGAAACGAAAGGCCAUCUUCGAAUUAUCAGAGGAAUGACGAUCGAUAUCGAAUGAGAAUCAUGGAACAGUUAGGAACAAAUAAGAAUUUAAUAAUAGUGUCUUUCCUUUAGGAGAACGUCAAGGUAACAGGGUGGGCGAGGGAGAGACAUUGACGGUGGUGUUACUGUUCGCGCUAGUAAAUGAACGCCAUCGUAUUUCGCGAAAAAGACUCUCUCUAUAAAGUUUUAUGUAUUUAUUCUAUAAAUAAUAUUGCGGGGAUACAUAACAUGGGGAUAGUCACGAUUUUUGAACACGAGCUCCCUUUUAACAGUGUCGUUGUUCUCAAAGCUUUACGCUCGAAAUUUCCCACGAAGUUUUUAUCCGACGUCUCUAUCUCUCUAUCGGCAUCGUUUCAUCCGUAAUGUCGUGUACGAGUGGUGGAUCUUCCGCUCGGAGAUUGGCGUCUGAGGGUGAACGUCGAGUGUAAGCGCAGUAAUACGCGGGGAGUGAACGUCCUCAUGGCGUAGAGUUGAGAUUACGUACUGAUAGUUUACUUCGUAUUUGAAAACUUACCGAUAAUAGAUCUCGUAACGAUAUUGCACUGGAAUUGGAGCGCACGUCCCGUUGUUUUCAGGACAGUUCGUUCAUGGUAGCUGCAAAUCGAUAGACCGGCUCGAGAAGAUGAUAACGUAAGAUUUCAGUCUUCGGCUGGCUUCUAACAUUUACAAUCCUGAAAAAAAAAACCUUUAUAUCGUAUAAUCACACAUAUGUUAGUAA